AUGGAUGCCACUGGUGUGAAUGGAAACCAAGGAUUUUUUCAUUUUGCGUAUGCUUUAGUUCCUGGAGAAGACAUUGAAGGGUGGGAGUGGUUUAUGGAGAACCUGCAACAUUGUGUCGACUCUCGUCCUAUCACCUUUAUCACUGAUCGUCAUGAAGGGCUGAAGCAAAGGAUUCCCAAGUAUUUUCCCAACUCUUAUCAUAGUUACUGUUUCCAUCAUUUGAAGAAUAACCUCCCCAUCAAGAAAUCACAUGAGAAGUAUAAACAACUUCAAGAUUUGUUCCAUAAAGCUGCAUACUACUAUAGUGUUGCUAAAUAUGAGUCUGCUUUAAAUGAGAUGUGUAUCAUAGGAUGUGGUUGGGUUGCCAAGUACAUCAGAAAUAUCGAUCCCAAGCACUGGACAAAUGCUUUCUUCGUAGGAUGUAGGUAUGGAACACACUCGUCAACUAUUGCAGAGUCUUUCAAUAACUGGAUUCUUCCUGAAAGGGAUCUGCCUUCAGCUGCUCUUGUUGAUGAGAUUAGGAUAAAGAUUAUGAGGAUGAGUGCAAAAAGGCGUGAGCUCUGUAGAAAUUAUAGUGAUAGUUUGACUCCCAUUUAUAAAGAUCUACUCAAGUCACAUGUCGAUAUAGGGCGUCCAUGGAGUGUUACGGAGUCAGGUAAUGGUAUAUAUGAGGUUCACUGUCCUAGCUCUCAUGCUGUUGAUCUGAUGCAUAUGACGUGCACUUGCCAGAGAUGGAAAGUGUUUGGUUUCCCCUGUGCUCACGCCACUACUUAUAUUACUAUGAGUGGUAUUGAGGUGUUGAGGUUUGUUCAGCCUUACUUUGGUUCGAAUCAUUUUUGCCAUAUGUAUGCUCCUACAAUUCGACCCAUUCCCAAUUACGACGGGCCAGAAGCGUAUGAACCUGACGAGAGAGUUUUACCUGGUAUUCCAAGGCCACCUCCAGGAAGACCACCAAAGAAGCGCAUUCGUGGUGCUUAUGAUAAUGAGAGGAGGCCUAUGAAGUGCUCAAAUUGCAAGAAGAUUGGGAACCACAACGAAGCUACCUGUCGUGUAUUAAUGCUGGAGUAG